ACAGCAUGUAUAAACAAUAAAACCUAAGUGUUCUCCAAUUAUCCAUUCCCAUAACCAUAUAAGCCGAGAUGAAUACCCGAGAAGAAGUAGGUGAAUUCUCUAAACUCUUCAAUGGUUUCAUGACUCUGAUGAGAAGAUUCAUAUUCAAAGUUUUAUGCGUUGGUCCAAUCCCUAAUCACAUCUCAUUCAUCAUGGAUGGAAACCGCAGAUUCGCCAAGAAACACAAUCUUCAAGGCCUAGAUGCUGGACACAGAGCUGGUUUCGUAUCCGUAACAUAUAUUCUUCAGUACUGCCAAGAGAUUGGUGUACCGUACGUCACACUCUACGCCUUUGGUCACGAUAAUUUCAAGAGAGAACCCGAAGAAGUCAAGUGUGUGAUGGAUCUCAUGCUGGAGAAAAUCGAGCUCACAAUCGAUCGAGCUAUCUCAGGGAAUCUAAACAAUUUGAAAGUGAUCUUUGUUGGUGAUUUGAAUAUGUUAAACGAGCGUCUUAAAGCAGCAGCGCAGAGACUGAUGGAAGUUACUGAGGAGAAUAGAGGUUUAAUGGUUGUGGUUUGCGUUGCUUACAGCACAAGUCACGAGAUUGUUCAGGCUAUUAGAGAAUCUUGUCUAAGGAAGUGUGAGGGUGGAGAUAGUCCUCUAGUUUUGGAGUUGAGUGAUGUUGAAGAGUGUAUGUAUACAUCAAUUCUUCCUGAUCCUGCUCUUGUAAUAAGAACAGGAGGACGAGAUCGGCUGAGUAACUUCAUGACUUGGCAGACUUCGAGUUCUCUCCUUCAUACCACGGCGGCUCUUUGGCCGGAGCUAGGUCUUUGGCAUUUGGUUUGGGCUAUUCUUAAUUUCCAAAGGAUGCAAAAUUACUUGCAGAAGAAGCAAAAACUCGACUAAAUAGGUUUAACUUAAAUAUUAGCAUGGUUGGACUUAAAGAUUUAUGACGACAUAAACAUAUUAAAUUAGUUAUUAAUAACA